AUGUCUUCCAUUACUCAGGGUUCAUACCCUCCCGUUCUCCAAGAUGCCGAAAGGGAAAGACUUGUGCAAGUCGUCAAGGACUGGACUGUAGCCCACGGCCUCACUGUUCGCCCACCACCUGCCAUCGCCGGUAACGACGCCGAAGGCAUCCUCGCCACGAGUGCCCCCGUUACUUUGUUCCCCAGCCCCUUCCCCAGGAGCUGCUUCGAGGAGGCAAAGGCUAUUCAGACGACAUACAACGAGCUGUAUGCUCUUAUCAGUCAGGAUGAGGAAUUCCUCACCGAGAUGGUUAAGGAGGUUGCUGGCGGCGAUGAGUUUAUAGCCAACUUAUGGAACGUCCACCUCCGUGUGAAGAAGGAGGGCUAUGUGCAAAACCUCGCCCUAGGCCUCUUCCGCUCCGACUACAUGGUCCACCAAGACGAGUCCUCCCUGCAAAUCAAGCAAGUCGAAUUCAACACCAUCGCCUCCUCCUUCGGCGGCCUGUCCACCCAGACCUCCCUCCUGCACAAACACCUCGCCCAGCACGAGUACCCUCUCCUCUCCUCUUCGGCCUCCACCGCCGCCGCAAACCUUGACCUCCCCUCCAACGACUCCGCCGCCGGUCUCGCCGCCGGUCUCCGCGCCGCCUUCGACGCCUACGGCCCUUCCACUCUCGGCCACCCGACAUGCGUCCUCUUCCUCACCCAGACCGGCGAGCGCAACGUCUUUGACCAGCGCCACCUCGAAUACGCCCUUUCCUCUUCUGGUUCAGUGCCCGUCUUCCGCCUCCCCUUCUCCGAAAUCCUCACCCACACCACCAUCGCCCCCGGCUCCUCCCAGCGCCAACUCCUCUACACCCUCCCCAGCAACCCCUCCCUAGUCUUCGAGGUAGCAGUCGUCUACCUCCGCGCCGGCUACGGCCCCGGCGACUACCCUUCGCAAGAAGCCUGGGAAGCGCGCUACCAAAUCGAGCGGUCCAACGCCGUCUGCUGUCCCACGGUACUUACCCAGCUGGCGGGGAUGAAGAAGGUGCAGCAAGUUCUCGCUACUCCCGAAGAGUCGAAUACCAACUCCGUCCCUUCGGCUCUCGCCAAGUUCAUGUCCCCCACUUCCGAAAAGACGCAGCGCUUGCUCAAGACAUUCACCAACAUUUACCCCCUCGACACUUCUUUGUCUGGCCUGCACGCCCGACAACUCGCCACCUCCCCCGAGGACUGCCAAAAGUACGUGAUGAAGCCCCAGCGCGAAGGCGGCGGCAACAACUUUUAUCGGUCCACGAUCCCGGAGCAGUUGCAAAAGAUUCCGGAGGAACACUGGAACAGUUUCAUCCUCAUGGAGAUCAUCGAGCCGCCUGCGCUUGCGAACAGUAUCUUGCGGAAUGGCGCAGUUGAACAGGGCGGUGUCAUUUGCGAGUUGGGUGUUUAUGGCACUUGUUUGUGGGAUCAGGCGAGUAGGGAGGUCAAGUUCAAUGAGGAGGCGGGGUACCUGUUGAGGACGAAGGGGGAUAAGAGUGAGGAGGGAGGAGUGGCGGCGGGGUAUGGGUGUAUGGAUAGUGUGACGCUUGUUUGA